AUGGAGGGGGAGGAGGCCGCUGUGGCGCGGGACCUGCAGGCCCUGGGGUACGAGGCGCGGGGCCCCGGCGCUGAGGAGGAAUUCCUGCGACAGUUGGCCCGCCUGCUGGAGGAGCUGCACUGCCCCGACCGCGCGCUCGGCGACCCGGACUGUGCGACCGCGCUGCGGGAGCCGGGCGCGUGCCUGCGCCUUCUGCGGUUUCUCUGCACUGAGCUCCAGGCUGCCCGCCUCCUCCGCCUGCACCCCCGGCUGGACCCCACCCUCGCCGUGCCGCCACCCGGUGGGGAGGGAGCAGAGGAGGGAGCUGGCAUGGUUCAGGAGCUGAUCCUUAUCCUCCAAGCCCUGGGGCUGCCCAGACCUACGCUGGGGACCCUCGCCAGCAGGCUGCUGCGGGAGUUGCAUGCCAAGGUCUCAGAGCUGCUGCCUUCCCUGCCCCCAGGAUCCCUGCAGCCCCUCCUAAGCUACCCGCUAGACGCACCCAGAUGGGAAGCUUUGGAGUCCCUGUGCCAAAGCCUGCAAGGUCAGUACUGGUGCCGCCGUUGCCUCCUCCUCAAGCGUCUGGACCUCACAACAUCUGCAUUCCACUGGAGUGAUCGGGCAGAGGCUCAAGGGGAGGCCAUGAAGGCAGUGCUGAUCCCAAUUCGAGAGAAUCUGACAGCAGAAUCAGAUGUCUCCAUUGCACACAUCCUGGCUGCCCGAGCUGAUCUGUCUCGUCUUGUCCCAGCCACAAGCAGGGCUUCCCGCCGAGGGACCUGCUGUGCCAUCAACAAGGUGCUUAUGGGCAACGUGCCAGACCGAGGGGGCCGCCCAAAUGAGCUGGAGGCUCCCAUGCCCAGCUGGCAGAGCAGAAGAGAGGAUGGAGGCGGGCGGAAGGCCGGCCGCCAGUGCUGGGGCCGGAAGAAGAAGAAAUAAAGAGGCCUGGUGGUUGUGUCCUGUGUGAGAUGCUGAUGCUGUUGGUAGUCUCUGGGGCGUCAAUUUGAGGGUUUUUCUUGGCACCUGGCACCCAGGCUCCACAUCUCCUGUUCCUGAGGCCCCAAAUGUUCUCCCCCCCAUCCACCAUUUAACACCAAGGACCAUGUUCUCUGGAAAAUAAAUUUAAUUUAUGACA